AUGGGUACACAGCCCUCWGCUSCCACGGCCAUGAGCAUUGAGGAGUUUGUAUCGCAACCCGGACGGGAUAGGUUGCCUCGCCUAGAUCCUGACUUGGGACCGAACACGACCUGGUUUCAAUAUUCGGGAAACGGAAUUACGAGUUCGAUCAACGCAAUGACGAAUUCGUUGAUAACUAAACCGUAUCCCACAUUUAGUUCGAUGCCGGUGGCAGACCAGGAGACAUGGUUUCGUCAAUUUGCGGUCCGACGCCAAUUCCAGAAAAAGGCGUCCCGAAAGUACUCGUUGAAGAUAAACGAGUGGAAGGACAUGUGGUACAAAGAAGGGAAGGUGCCGAAGAGAAUGCAAGAUAACCCAACCUUAUGGGGUGGACUACUUGCACAUUGGGAACGAGAGGACACAAAAGUAAGCUCCGGGAAAAACUCGUCUAACCGGAACAGCGAYCGGAAGGGGAAGGGACCGGCGACCCAUAACCUUGGCGCAACGAGCAAAGCGACACGUCUCCAGAAGCUGAUUGAGAAGACCGGUGUUCGUCCGUCACAUCUUGAGUUGGGAACAAUUCAGCGCGAUCUUAAACUCAAACAUAAUUGUAUAACCAAUCCACUGUCGUGGCAUCAGAGACUUUAUCUAGCAACCUAG